AUGGCAGCCGGAUCUUCCAGUUCCAGCGCCUCCCUCGUCGCCAUCGUCGACGACUUCUACUUCUCCGUCCUCGCUCACGGGCGAAACGACGGCGGCGCCGCCGGGGACGACGAGCUCUUCCCGAUAUCUGACGAGAAGUACGCCACGGAGCUCCAGCUACAGGAGGUGAUCAUGUCCUCCGCCAUCGCGGCCACGGCGCGCUCCCGGGUCGCUCCACCUCGCAGCAGCACAGUUGCUACUGGCAACAACAACGCCGCCGCCGCCGCCGCAGCAGCAGCAGCGUCGGGUCGCGGUCACGGCAAAGGUAAGUGCGCCUACGCCUCGUCGUCCCGGCCGUCCGUCGCCGACGCCGGGACGCUCGUGUUCUGCAAGAUCUGCAUGGACGUGGUGCCGCCCUCGGACGCGCACCACGCCAGCCGCGGCUGCGCGCACGCCUUCUGCGGCGGCUGCCUCGCGGGCUACGUGGGCGCCAAGAUCCAGGACAGGAUCGCCGACGUCAGGUGCCCCGAGGAGCGGUGCGGCGGCGUGCUGGACCCGGAGCUCUGCCAGGACAUCCUGCCCCGCGAGGUCUUCGAGCGGUGGGGCGCCGCGCUGUGCGAGUCCAUGCUGCUGGGGGCCAAGAGGACCUACUGCCCCUUCAAGGAUUGCUCGGCGAUGAUGCUGGUGGACGACGACGGCAGCGACGUCGCCGAGUCGGAGUGCCCGAGCUGCCGGCGGCUCUUCUGUGCGCGGUGCAACGUGGCGCCGUGGCACGCCGGCGUUACCUGCACCGAGUACAGGAAGCUCCGGAAGGGGGACAGGGGCGUCGAGGACAUGAUGCUCCUUGAGAUGGCUAAGGGGAAGAAGUGGAAGCGGUGCCCCAAGUGCGAGUUCUUCGUGGAGAAGCGUGAUGGCUGCCUGCACAUUACUUGCAGGUGUGGUUUUGAGUUUUGCUAUGGAUGUGGCAAGAGGUGGGGGAUUACUCAUUCUCGUUGCACAACAACGUGA